AUGGAUGUGUUAAAGUUAUUAGCUGUGUUGGUGGUGUUCUUUGAGGGAGGUGAUGCCGGUGGUCAUGGAGGAAAGCAUCAUGAUCAUCUCAGAAUCCACAUGCCGGAGUUCAUCCAUCACGAUCACCACACUAAAGUGAUCACCAUCCACCACCACCACCAUAAACCAAAGAAGGAACAUCAUCACCACCACCAUCAUCAUUUUAAACCAGCUCCACCGACUUUCCAUCACCACCACAAAAAGUUUCAUAUAAAAACGAAGACAAUAUCCAAGAAUCACGGCCACCAUGGUCAUCACGGUCACCACGGACACCAUGGUCACCAUCACGGUCACCAUGGACAUCACGGACACCAUCAUGGUCACCACGGCCACCAUGGUCAUCAUGGACACCAUGGCCAUCACGAUUAUGAUGAACACGGCCUUGAAAAUCAAGGGUUUGAGCAUCAUGGCUAUGGAUAUCCUAUACCACAACACAAUACAGCAGCCUUCGACACACCCACUACAACGUUCGAACAAGAUUUUGCAACGUUCAGCCCUUCAGCCCCGUCUUAUGGCGGAGGUAUUACUGCUCAAGCCCCGCAAUUCCAUGGAGCAUCACCUCAGGUGCAUGGAAUAUCGCACACAAUAAAACAGGUAAAGGUAUUUGAUUCACUGCCUGGAGCAAUCCCAGGCACCAAUGGGCAAACUCACGGAUACGAAGUUACUGAAGCUGACGAGGAUGACGAUGACGCCUUUACAUCCGUGAAUAGCCUGCAACAAUCAUAUCCCGGCACUUUCGCAUUUGUUCGAGGGGUGGAUGCUACAAAUGUGCCUUUUGCUCAAUUAACUUCUCAGGCUUCAGUACCUCUACAGAACCACGAUCCUUUUGCAUUAGGUGUUCAACCCACUACUGGUCUCGAAAGUGAUGUAGAAACAUUUACGGGUACCCAACCUGAUGUGUUUGUGUCAUCGCCUACUCAAAUUAUAAACGUAGCCAGUGCAGAACCUUCUGCGGCGAUCCCGUCUACUUUCCCAUCGGAAACCGGGUUCGACAGCACACAAACUGCUUUUGUUGGCACUACAGGAGAUACGGCGCUGCUUACAAAAGAAGAAAAUGCUGUUGACGAAGAAACUCCUGUAUCAUUUGUCAGACAGGGAGGAAUACAACAGGUUGUGAAGACCGGAGGAGUGGAAACUAUUGUUUAUUAG